AUGAAUGGAGAUACGAUUGCUGUCAUCCGGAGAUCAAAGCAUGGAUAUAGUGACAAUGAAUUAUUUACAAUGGCUCUACGUAAAUGGAAAAAUCAUAAGGAAUCUGUUGAUAUUGCAAUCGAGUUUAUACUGUCUAUAGUCGCCAAUCAAUUGGAGGAGGAGCUUCUAUUGUGGUUAUUGCAGUCUCAUGCCAAUGAUACAGUGGAUGAUAUUGAAAUUUUCUUAACUAUUUGCUCGAAUCCGUCUUUUAUAGUAAACGGCAUUGAGCUAUUGGAGACGCUAUUGGAUGUAUUAGUGACAGUGGCAAUUGUACGAGCUGCUGCUUGUGAUCGAAGUGAUAUGAACCGGUCACGACAAAUGGCUGAGAUUAUGAGCAUAAUGAUGGAGAGUCGAGUCUUGAUGCUAACAAGUAAAGCUUAUAAUGUUUUACAACUAUUGACCAAGUGUCAUGCAAACAAAGAGGAUACGGACCUUUGGACAAAGUUUGUGGAGCUUCCUAGUACAUUAGAUACUCAACUGUUCAAUUCAAGAAGUGGUCGAGCUUUUCUUGAUUGUGCAGAACAAAUUAUUUUCAUGCAGCAAACUGAGCUAGAGGAAAUGCGAGGAACGAGCAGAGUUUGUGCCAGUGGGGAGGUGAAUGGAGGACAGACAUUGACAGCAAAGAUACUGUGGGAUCUUACGAAACAGUUGGUGGAGUUGAUCAAAACGAAGACAGUCCACAGUGAUGUCAAACAUGAUCAUUACAUAGAUUCUGGUACUACACAACGUCUAGCCGUCGUGGACAACAUGACUGAUUUGGAGAUGUUGUUGAAAGCAAAGGGGACAAGUGGUCAAUCUUGCACUAAUAUUCCUUCUACGCAUGUUGUUGAUGAUGAAGAUACGGAGCUAUCUGCUAUUGAACUGCUCUCAACUUUUUGUACCUCACCAGAUAGAAAAGAGCUUAUUUCAAGUGACAUACUUGAAAAGGCUUUCGACGAGUUGUCCGCGACGAAGCAACUCAAUGUUAUCUCAAUUCAGGUGUCAUUCCUUCUUGGUUUGCAAAUGCGUCGGCAAGUCUGUUUCGUAGAUCACUGUGAGUCCGCCAAAGUUGAAUUUGGACGAAGAAUUAGACGCGUAUUUAACCGUCUGACAGACAAAGCCCGAGACAUAAAGCAUGUGGCAUCGUUGGUAGUUCUAUCUGCAUUUUAUCCCGGUCAAAUCGUUCGGCAGUGCAUUACCGGCGCUCGUGCAGACAUGCUACAUCACAGUCUGUAUAUAGAAGUGUUUCGUGCGUCUCCACUGCUACUAGAUUGGACGGAAGGUGCUGAAAACGGAAGCACGACUUUGCUGGAAUGUCAAUUACAGCAGGCUGUGUUUGAUGUCUCCAGUAACCAAAGCAGUUUUGACCAAGAAAGUCACAAUGUGAUAUCAUUUCUUUUGUCUGUUGUGGGGAUUCCUAUACGCUCUUUAUCAAAACGAGAAGCUCCAGUGAUGACAAUUAACAAGCUUCUUGACAAAGUGAUAAAUCCUGUCUGCUAUUCUGUUGGUCUCCGCCAUGAACCGCACCUCAAUUUGUACACACUGGUCCAACAAUUAUUCCAAUACUUUGUGGCGGCAAACACGUGUCGAGACCUUGAUUGUAACAUCUUGGAAAGCUCGUUCAACCUAAUCCUGAAAGCUCUAUGUUCUUUUGAUGCUCACAUUUUGCAAUUUGGGGUUCUCAUUCGGGAAAGAUUGCUCCUCCUACUCAUAAAAAUUAUGGAGUUAAUGCCUGGACCUGCGUCAAUGAUCAAGGUGGAGCAGCUAGACACACCGCUUCAUCCGUCGUUGUGGACACUAUUGAGUAUUUUUGACAGCAAUCUGGUUAACGAUGAGCUCUCCAAAGGUUUGGAAGAUGUUGCAUUGGUUGAUGCUUUUAUGCAAGGAAAAUCAAUUGGUGAUUCACAAUCGAGCUUGUCACUAUCAACUGUCACAUCAGCAAUCCAAGCAUUGCUCUGGGGAUUACUUUGGGAUACAACACUGCCGGCAAAACUGAGAGUGAAGUCCACCCAGACUGAAACCUGGAGUCUUGUGGAUGGCAUUGCUGGGUGUGAGUUUUUGAGAUCAGACUCUGCUACUGAAACAAUCUCAGGUGCUCUUUUGAUCCAGUCUGCGAUCGCAGAAAUGAUGCUAGGGUGUGGUAGUGUCCUCUUCCAAGCACUACUCAGCAACAUUAUUCCCUAUCUGCUGGAGUACGAGACAGAAACGUCUUCAUCAGAUAGACUUGAAAUACCUAACUGGGCAGCUGACAAGCUACCGAAGCAGCAAAAUAUUGAGCAGCAAAUUCCGUGUGGGCUUGUUUCGACCCACUCAAUAAUGCGCUACGUUACAAGAUGCUGGGGUCUCUCGUCUGCUGUCAACGUCCAGCUCGCUACACAGGAUAGCGCGCUAUUGCUGGAAUCUCUCAGCCAUGUCUUAGCUUCCCACGAACCAGCCAUCACGUCUUCGCAGGGAUCGCUAUCAGGAAGUUUGUUUUGCAUCCGGUGGUUGUGUGUAUUGACGUCAACUGCACUUGAGAUGCAAUUGGACAAGAUGCCGGCAUGGCCCACUCUUCGAACACAAUUAGAGCUCUUGCUACUUCGUUUGUUGCACCAGCUAGUGCAACUGAAAGAAACAUCAACGAGUAAAGCACAAUUUAGCCAGUGUUUUGUAGCGGCGUGGCUAGCCUACCUGCCAGCUGGUCAGUUUGCUCAGGUAUUUAAGUUUGUGCAAGCAAGGUAG